AAUUCUGGAGAGAGAAACUCAUCUAGUGAGAGAAAGAGAGUGAUAUAUCUCAGAGAUUAAUAGCCUUCUACUCUCCCAAGAGAAGGAUUCCUUAAAGAGAGAGAGAGAGAGUUCUCUUCUUCUCUUCCAAACUCUAGACUGAUGAAAAAUGGCCCAAUUGCCACCCAAAUUCCCCACAAUUCACCUUCACAAGACCCUCUCAUGGGCCGACGAAUUCCUCGACUUCUCCGCGGCGAGGCGCGGAGCUCACCGGAGGUCAGUGAGCGACUCGGUCGCCUUCUUCGAAACACCGGAGACGAGCGAAUUCGACCGCCUCGACGACGAGCAGCUGAUAUCGAUGUUCACCGAUCCGGCGGCUCCGCCUCAGCCGCCACCUGCUGCGGCGGCAGCGGUGUCGUCCGGGAAUAAUUCUAUGGCUUCGGAUGAAAACAGUGUGAAUGCGGAGAAGGGCGGCGGAGGAGGGAAGAUGAAAACUGAGUUGGAGGAGGAGCAGAGCCAAUGUAUGGAUGGGGGGUCGCCGGAGAAGGUGUCGGCGGAGAAUCGAGGCCCCCCGGUUGGCGCAACG